CCAGUCAGUGCUGAUCCUAAGGAGAGAUCUGGAGGAUAUUGCCUGUCCAUGCACAAUGCACAGAUGCUGGCUGGCUGGCUUAUGCAUUGGGUCACUCAGCCUAGCAGCACACAAGGGGAAGUGCUAGCAGCAGACCUUGCAUACCUCAGGCUGUGGAGAGAGGGGCAGGGACAAGGGGAGUGACCACUCCACAUCCAUCAGACGCCAGCCUGAUGCUUCCACCAGUCCAGCCCCCACCUACAAGGAAAACAAGAUUGCGACCCUGGUUGAGGGGUUUAUGCCAGAAACACAACAUUAAAACUUCCAGCAUUUAUUUAAUUUCCCCUUCCCUUUAAACCUGGUUGCAUUGUUUCUGUGGAGCUGCAGAAAAAUAAUAUAUAUAUAUCUAAUAAUAUUCCAGGAGCAGAGUGAGCGUCCCUCUGAGAUUGCAGCAUGUGCAGAACUCUCUGCCUCUCAUCCAAACCAUGAGCUGCCGCUUCACUUGCAGAGAUUCCCUUAUUCAUCAGCUAACACAGCAGAUCGAUGCAUCAGUGACCUAUCUGCUUCCAGCGUUACAUAUGCAGGUUAAAUGAAUACCUGACGAAAGGGCCCACGUUUCAAGGCAGUGACAUUUGAUAGCUGAGGAAAAGUGGCUUUAAUGAAAAUCAACCUUUGGAAUUCCUGCUUGUGAAAAAUCCCAUUCCGCCUCUUGUGCAGGCACUGAAGACAUGAUCAGCAGCAGCAGUGUAUAUGGCUUAAAGAUGCAGUGGACGCCAGAGCAUGCGCAAUGGCCAGAACAGCACUUUGAUAUAACGUCAACCACACGGUCCCCAGCUCACAAAGUUGAAGCAUAUCGUGGCCACUUACAACGCACCUAUCAGUACGCAUGGGCCAAUGAUGAUAUCUCUGCUUUAACUGCAUCAAAUCUACUGAAAAAAUAUGCUGAAAAAUAUUCAGGAAUUUUGGAGGGUUCUAUGGAAAGACCGCUUCUCAGUAAUUACACUGAAGCCCAAUCGGGUCUUGUUAAUGGCCGAAAAAAUGAAGGUGAGCCUUGGCAAAGUUCUUUAAACUCAGAAAGUGUUUAUCCGAUGAACUGUGUUGCUGAUGUAAUUGUGGCAAGCAAAGCUGGAGUGGGAACCACUAUACCUCCAUCUGAUGUCUCUGCCAGCAUAGGCAGUUCACCUGGAGUGGGCAGCAACCUGACUGAACCCAGUUAUUCCAGUAGUACAUGUGGAAGUCACACAGUGCAGAGUCUGCAUUCAGGGCUACCAUCUCAGGAAUAUGGGACAGGAUAUAAUGGAUCAUACUUGCAUACAAGCUACAGCAGCCAAUCUGCUUCUGCAUUGCCAUCACCUCAUCCAUCUCCCCUACAUAGCUCUGGACUUUUACAGCCUCCCCCAUCAGCAUUGGUGUCAGGCUACAAUGGGGCCUCCAAUCUGUCCAGCUACAACUAUCCACCUGCUAGUUAUCCUCCACAGUCCAGUGUUGGGUCCGGCUAUAGUCCUGGAAGUGCACCUCCUCCUUCUGCUUACCUUCCAUCAGGUAUACCUGCUCCUACUCCUCUUCCUCCUACAACUGUACCAGGCUACAGCUAUCAGACCCAUGGUUUGACCCCAAUAACUCCAUCAAGCUCUGCUAGUUCCCUUAAAAGAAAAGCUUUCUAUAUGACAGGACAGGGCGAUUUAGAUUCCAGUUAUGGAAAUUAUAGUUAUGGACAGCAAAGAACCUCGCAUAGCCCAAUGUACAGAAUGUCCGACACAAGUAUUUCCAACUCAAAUAGGGGAAAUGGCUUUGACCGAAGUUCUGAUUCUUCAUCAUUAUCAUUCAAGCCAACAAAGCAGCUGGUGGCUAGUGAGCAGCAAAGAAAAUUCAGCAGUCAGUCAACUAGAGCUUUAACACCACCCUCAUACAACACCGCUAAGAAUUCAAGAUCAAGUGAAGCUUUUGGAAAAUAUAACUCCUCUGCAAUUAAUGAACACAGUGAUGAACACAGACAGCUCCUACCACAUUCUCUGCAAGGCCCUGGACUGCAUACAGCUACCUCAUCUAACCACUCUGUGGACGAACAGCUGAAGAACACUGAUACACACCUCAUUGACCUUGUAACAAAUGAGAUAAUCAACCAGGGACAUCCAGUUGACUGGGAUGAAAUUGCUGGUCUCGAUUUAGUAAAGGCUUUCAUUAAAGAAGAGGUUUUGUGGCCUGUAAUUCGUUCUGAUGCAUUCAGUGGACUUACUGCUUUGCCUCGGAGCAUUCUUUUAUUUGGACCUAGGGGAACAGGCAAAACCUUAUUGGGCAGAUGUAUAGCUAGUCAGUUGGGUGCCACAUUCUUUAAAAUUGCUGGUUCUAGUCUUGUCACAAAGUGGAUAAAUGAAGGAGAAAAAAUUGUCCAUGCAUCGUUUCUUGUGGCAAGGUGUCGGCAACCAUCUGUGAUCUUUGUUAGUGAUAUAGACAUGCUUCUUUCUUCCCAAGUGAGUGAAGAACACAAUCCCAUAAGCCGAAUGAGAACAGAAUUUCUUAUGCAGUUAGAUACUGUUCUAUCUUCUGCUGAGGACCAAAUAGUUGUAAUUUGUGCCACAAGUAAACCUGAAGAUAUAGAUGAGUCUCUACGGAGAUAUUUCAUGAAAAGACUUCUUAUUCCACUUCCAGACAGCACAGCCAGACACCAGAUAAUAAUACAGUUGCUCUCACAGCACAAUUACUGUCUCACCGACAAAGAGGUUUCACUCCUAGUCCAGCGCACAGAAGGUUUUUCUGGACUGGAUGUGGCUCGCUUGUGUCAGGAAGCAGUGGUAGGCCCUCUUCAUGCCAUGCCACCAACAGACCUUUCGGCCAUUAUGCCGAGCCAGCUGAGGCCUGUAACAUAUCAAGACUUUGAAAAUGUAUUCUGCAAGAUUCAACCUAGCAUAUCACAGAAAGAACUUGAUACAUAUAUUGAAUGGAACAAAAUGUUUGGUUGCAGUCAGUGAUAAACAUUAAGCAUUGCAAUGAAUGCUGGCACACAAAGCUAGGUGAUGUAGGAUUAUGAAUCCCAUUUUGGCAGUGGCCUAAUUGUUAAAGGUAUCAAGGCAGCCACAAUAACCUUGCAUCCACAGAGUGACAGUAGACUUGAAAUAAAUGUGCGUCACACAGCCAAUGUUCUAAAUCACCUAAAACAGUGAGCAUAUUUUGAUGCUUAAUUUAAGCAAAGCCAACACUCAAAAAGUGGGUGGACAUAGGUUGAUUUUGGAAAUACAUGAACCCCGUUUGUUGAUUCCAUUCUGCUGUUCUUGAGAUUUAGUUGCUGUCAAGUGCCUGAAGUGGUGCUUUAUUAUUAUUUUUUUGUUUGCCUCACAAUUACAUUGGUGGCAUGUGCUAUAACAUAAAGAGCUUUAACUUCAAACAUUACUGGACUAGAGAUGAACAAUUAAGUUGAAAGACAGAGAGACAGAUUUUUUUUUUUGCCAUUUUCUGAGCAACAGUAUUCCUCAAUCCUGUCUUUUCUGCUGAACAAUAAAACAGGGACACAUUUAAUCUGGAACUUAAUUUCUGUUUUGUUUUUUCUUUUAAUGUUCUGUCUGCAAAAAUGACAAACAAAAAAACAAACCUCAGGAAAGUUGAUUUGUACAGUACCUCAAAGGAAUGUGUUGAAAGCACUAUUUACUGCAGAGAAAAUGGUUGGCGUCAUUGUUGCUUUAUAUUAAAAUAUAUGUUUACCUCAUAAAUUGGAAAGUGGCAUGGUUCAAAGUACUUUGAAUGUAUUUGGUUGAUUCAAAAGAGAAAUGGCUGAUCUUUUGCCAUUUUCAUUGUAACUGAUUUCUCCCUUUGUAAAUGAAACACUAUUCAGAAUGACCAGUUACAUUGUUAAAUGAAAAGCUUUUUUAAAAAACAAAACACAUAAAUUGGAUGGUGCAGAUAUUCUUUAUAAUUCAAUAUUUACAUAGAUCAAAUACAAAUUGACUAUUAUGAAUUUAUCACCUGUUCAUGGGUAAGCAGCAUUUUCCAAAAUAUUUUAAAGAAAAUUACUUGUAAACAGUAACACUGUAGAUAGCCUUUAGAUUUGCUGGCUAUAUAUUACUUUCAACAUCAUAUGUUGCACUAAUUUGCAGCUGUCAGAUUGGUCAAGAUGACCAGCAGAUUGGUUGUAGGUGAUAAAUUAACAUUAGAUCUUUACAGCCAGUAUAAAUAGUUACAUCAAAAUACUAGUAUUUUUUUUUAAAUAAGACCUAAAGUUUACUAGCUUUGUAAGACUUUAAUACUGAGUUUUAGAUUGAUACACAAAAGACAGCUUAACCUUCCAAAAGUAAAUAUAUAAUUAACUGUCUGAAAAUGUUCUUGAUGAAAGCAUUGCAACCAAAAUACACACAAAAGUGAAUAGCAUUUAAAUAGCUGUUUUCUAUUUUAUAAAAUGUACUGUGAAGUUCAUAUAGCUGUGAUUGGUCCAGAAAACAUAUAUUUGAAACCUGUUGUGAUACCCUAUACAGUAAUUGGCCAAAAACAAAGCUUGGGUUGUACGACUAGGCUUUGAAAGUCUUAAUAAAUCACAUGCCUAUCCAUCUCUGAACAAACAGCCUUGUCAACACUUUACCAAACUGGAAAAUUAGCUUUAUUGGCUAUAUUAAUUUACAAAUAUUUAACAUUUCUUUUCUGUAUGUGUUACAGUGACGGAUUGUGUGAAACAUUUGCCCUUAGUUAAUUAAUAUUUUUAGGAUUACCAUUACUUGCUUCAAAGAAUCAAUCCUUGUUUUUUUUGUAGACAACUUUUUCCUGUGUUACAGUACAUUCACUGUGUAUUUUUUUAAUUGCGUUUAAAUGCUGUGUGAUAAUUGUGACAUUUUUUAUAUCUUUUUUUUUCCUGAUUUUGUACCAUCAUCCUUUGUCUUUAUUUUUGAGGUUUCUUUAUUUACAACAUAUAGUGACAGCUAAUUGAUAUUGGGUGAUGUCUCUGAUCAAGGAGCAAUGUGCAGGCUAUAGCUGUGCCAUGCCUGCCAAAGUACUCAUGAACAGACAACUUGGCUUUUUUGAAUGUAUUGUUUUGUUUACUUUAAAUGGAGACAGUAAGAAAGCUGUUUCAAAGCACUGGCAAUUGAUGUACAUUUAAGACAUUAAAUAAAUGCACUGAACGUCGUAUAGAAGAAAUUCCAGUACCUUUUGCUUCUUUAUUCUCUCUGAAAAAAAGUAUUUAAACAUUUCAAACAGUUUUUAAUAAAAAUGUCUGAUGUAAAAAGAAAUAAACUUUAAUUUGCACGUCCAAAGACCACAAUACGCAUUGAAAAUCUAACCUAUUUUCCAAAAAUAUAUGGGUGCCAACAAUAACAAUUGUAAUUGCAUGUUUUUUUAAUUGUGAAGACCUGACAUUUUAAUUAAAAUAAGUCAUUUGAAGCAUAUUAUGAUGCAGCCCUCAAAUAUCCUCUUCAUCUGUUUAUAGAUUUAUAGCCUCAUUAUUCACACUACUUGGUAAAUUGUCAAGUUUUUAAAUUAUCAUUUGAAUCUGUUAAUAAAUAAGUGUAUGUCUUCUAACAGCUUAAUUAAAUAGUGCCCAAAGGAAAAAAAAUGCUCUGCAGUUUCUACAAAAGAGAAUCGAAUAACACACGAUUGCUAAUAUACCAAAAUGCUUAGUUGGCAGAAUGUUUUGGUACAUUUAAAUAGGGAGAGAGCACAUAUUUUAUACAUUAUUUAAAACUGUUUACAUAUAGACACAUUGAAAGUGCUGAAAAAAAACCUGUAUCCAGUCAUGCUAUUAGAACGUUGAUGGUGGUACAGUGUGUUUUAACUACAUAUUAUGUGGAGACAAGUCUAUCAUGGUUGGAAACAUAAAUGUACAUUUGGGCUUUUCAAAAUUAACCUGUUAUAAUAAACAUUUCUUGUUGAGGCUUAAAUUUCCCUGCCUGCAUAUUUUAACAGACAAUUCCUGGCUGUUAGAUGUUCCAGGUUUUUCAUGUAACAAAAGGUUAAAAAAAAAAACGAUUCCAGGAGAAAUUGUAGGAGUAAAAGAAAUAUGGUAUCUUCCGCCAGAAUACUAAGCAGGGGAAUUAAAUAAUAAAUUCACCAAAAACUAUAAGAUUUCAACCAGUGUAUCAAGAUUUUUUUUUUCUGUAUGGCUGUGCUAAAUGAAUAUGAUAAAAUGGAAUACCCAAAUCUUUUAAAAAAGAAGAGGUAAAUGUUAUAUUGUGGGGACAAUGUAGUUCAUAGCUGUCAGUUGCUCCUAAUAUGGUAUCUGACCAGAAAGUCAACCGUAACCAUGUCAACCAUCAUAAUGUCGACACAACACAACAAUGUUGGCAUUAAAAUGCUGGCAUGGUUCAAGCUGUCGACAUCCACUUGUUAACUAUGUCAAAACCUGAACUGUCUGAAUUUGCCAUGUGAAAUGUCCACAGUCUGAGGAUACUAACGAUUAGGGCUAGGUACCACUUGGAGGGUUAUAGUUAAGUUUUGGGGGGGAGGCAAGGGAUUGACACUAGUGGGGAUUAGGAGCAGGGAUGGUGGGGAAAAUACAGGAAAGCUGCUGCUGAGAUAUCGCCACCACAAUUGAUCCUUAUGACCGCCAUGACCCAGAAGAUUACAGUGGAGUUUCAGCCAUCGGGAGAAGGUAAGAAACCUUUGGACCAUAAUGGACAGCUUGUCCAUACAGUUUAUCAUCUUGACAUAUCCUCCAUGUAGACAUGGUAAAUGUCAACAUGGUCACUGCUGACUUGCUACAUGUAGGCCAUUCAACCCUGUACACAUUUUCAUGUCGACAUGAUGAAAGUCAACAUGAUAGCUGUCAACCAAUCAUGCCUAACCCAAUAAUAUCCAGGGACAGUCUCAGGUUUCAUUUUAACUUACUUAUUUAAUUACUUAUUUUAAACACUGAUCAACUAGAUAAUAAAAUCACACUUUUUCUAUAUAUCUGUCUGUUCUUAUUCUUUACAUUUUAGAAAUUCAUUUUAACCAGAUUGAUUCACAUGAAGCGAGUUCUAUCUAAAAAAAAAUGCCCCAUGUUUAUCAGAAAAGAGUCCAUGCAGAAUAUUGGCAGCUGUUUAUUUAAACAAAAUAGCUGCAAUUUGUUUGCAGCUAAAUGUAUUAUUACAAUUAUUUAAUAAAAUGUUUUAACAAGUGGAGGGCAAAGUGAAAACAAUGUUCAACAUUUCUGAGAAAAGAUUUCCCUUUACAGUUGGGAACAACUGGUUUACAGAUGAUAGAUGCGAUUAUAUUCUUCAGUACAGGUUGAGACUACCAUAUCUAAAAAUCUGAUAUACAAAAUAUACCAAGAUCCCUAAACAUUUGUGUGCGACUGAGAUAAGGACACCUUUGCUUUCUGAUAGUUCAGUGUAAAUAAUCUUUGUUUCAAUUGCUAUUACCUUCAAACUGCGUAUAAGGUGUAUAUGAAACAUAAAUUCAUUUCAUGUUUAGACUUGGGUCCCAUUCCCAAGAUAUCUCAUUAUGAUAUCCAAAUAUUCCACAAUACAAUAAUAUCCAAAAUACUUCUGGUCCCAAGCAUUUUGGAUAUGGGAGUCUCAACUUGUAUUACCAAAGUAAUAUUAGAAUGUCUUUAUAACUAGCUAGAUAUCAUAUUUAUAGUGCAGUGUUUAGUUGGAACACAACCAAAAAUGUAAAAUUCUGAUCCAGUAGGACUUCUGAGGCGUCCACUUAUCAAUUGGCAGAUUUAUCGCUUCUACUAAAACUUACCUUUUUCAAUCCAUGCAGUAUUUGUGUAGGUGCUGUUAUGCCUUCAAUUUUCUAUUUAUAGCAAUGGUUAAUUCACAGAGGAGGGCACUGACAUAUCCUUGAGUGUUUGAAAUUCAGCCCUCUUAUUAAGAGUGUACAGAGCAAAUGCUGGAACAUUUAAGGCAUAGGUUCUCAAACUCUGUCCUCAGGACUCCAACAGUACAUGCUUUCCAGGUCUCCUCACAAAAUCAAAGGUGAAAUAACUAGCUCCAUCUGUGGAUAUUUUAAAAUGUCAGAAAUGAUUACACCUGAGCAUCAGCUAGAUGACUUGGAAUAUGAGAGAUGUUUGGGGUCCUGAGAACCAAAUUUGAGACUCUGUGGUGUGAUUUGAGGGAUCCAAAGUGUUUGAAGUAAGUAAAGUCUGGUGUGUUUUGAACUUAAUAUUAGUGACACUUAAAAAAUGUAAGUCAGUCUCACUAAUUUAUGUGAUUAAACCAAAUGAAUAAAUUCUAAGCAAAACAUAUUUUCUAUGAGAAUUCUUUCCCGUUGUCUAAAUAAAACUCUGCCAAUAAGUUUACAAAAUAUGCUACAUUGUUUUGCAAAUGUAAGGAUUUUAUCUAAAUUUUGUUAUACCAUGGCUAACUGACUCCCCCCCAGAAUAAUCAAUUGUCCCUGAUGCCAGCAGUAAUCAUAGAUUUUUUUUGGCAUGCCUGAGGCAGGCAAAAAACAAUCCCUGAUAACCAGCUCCAUCUGACCCAUUUUUUCCUCAAAAAUGCAUACUGUAUAUCUGGGAACUUAUCCCAGAUCAUAUGUGUUUUUGCCUAAAAAUCAUCUGGAAAAAAAUCGAGAUAAAACCCCAUUUUUCUUUUCCCAAAAAAUUGAGGCCAAUUAAAUAUUCCCCAAGUGUUCUCUAGAUUUUUUUAAAUUCAGAUUUUAGCUGGUAAAUUAGACUUUAUAAUAAUGUCACAAAAUAAAAAAAAUUAUACAUUUGACUACUCUCUUCAAUAGUGUAGUCUUAACAUCAUUUAUCUGUGGUCAAAACCCCAAUUCCACAUCAUACAACUGCCCAAAGAAACCUAGAUAAAUUCUUGCACAUUUAUAAUACAUAAGAUUUGUGGACCCAAUUUUACUGUUCUGGAACAUGCUGUAAGGAGGGCGAGGGGAAUUCUAUUAGCUCCCAAAAAAUUCGGAAGAUAAAAAUAGGCUUUUACUGAAAUCUUUUACUGAAUUUUUUUCAGGCAAUUGAGUUCUACCCUGAUUUUUUCUGCCAAAAAAAACCUGUUUUCAGAUGAAAACCCAUAGAUCCAAGAUAAGCUUCUGGAACUAUGGGGUAAAUUUACUAAGGUGGGAGUUUAUUAGAAGUUGUGAUGUUGCCCAUAACAACCAAUCAGAUUCUAUGUAUUAGCUUCCAGAAGCAGCUAGCAAAAAUGUUAAGUAGAAUCUGAUUGGUUGCUAUGGACAUCACCAGUUCUAAAAAAAAAUUCCAACCUUAGUAAGCUAUGUGUUUUUUAUAACCACAAUCGCAAAAAUGAGAUUUAGCUUGGUUUUUUUUUUUAGCCCCAGGCAUGUGAAAAACAAAUCCCUGAUCAGUGCUGGCUUCAGGGCUAAUUGAAUAGGCUGGGUGUGAGGGGCAGGGUCAAUUAGCCAUGGUAAAUUAUCACAGUUAAUUGAAUCUCCCCCAAGUGUUUUACUGGGUUUGGUCAUAUAUAAUUAAUAACUUUCCAUUAUAUGUAAAACAAAUAUGGGUGUCUCUUUAAUUCUGUUAGUUGAGAUUCAGCAGAGACCUAAAAGCUAUGAAAAUACACUUUAUGAACUAAAGAGAUUUGGUGACCUAAAGUAGGAUUGUUUUGAAUAAAUAAGCAUAACAGAAAACAGAACUACAUGUAACUCACUCAAAACACAAAUUUUCAUUUAUUUUAACAUUUUUAGUGCUAAUUUAUUUUUUUGCUCAGAUCUCUAUUUGUAUUUAAAGGACAAUUUCAGUCACUGGGUUUUUAACCAAAAAGAAUCUGUUCUUUUAAAAGGUAAAAAAGGGACAUCCUCACAAACCAUGUACUUUGAUAAACUAAACCAAAUGGAUGUAGCUUUAAGGUAUUUGUAUGUUCUUUGUUUUAUUUAGUUGUAAAGAACAACCUAUAUACAGUAUAUUUCAUAAUUUGAAGCGCAGCAAAGAUUAAACCAAUAUGUCAUGUUAAAGUUUAUAUUUUAUACUUUAAAUUCCAUUUUGAACAUUUGCUAAAACUCCAGAACUUGAUCCUUGCCAUGAAACCACAUGUUUAUAUUAACAUUAUUUGUACCACUUAAAUGAAGGCUGCAUGCACUUUUGUUAACAAAAUAUCAAAUAUUCACAGAACACUUUCCAGUUCUGGGAUAUUGAAUUUUCCUAACUGUAAUUAAUGAAAUUUAGGUUCAACCUGGUACAUCAUUAUCAACACUAUUUAUUGUACAUAAUAUAUUUGUGUUCAAAGCUGCCUCUAUACAUAGCAAAUUUGAUGUCAGUGUGCUUUACAUUAAAUCAACAAAAUUACUGUAUACAAGCAGAAGUUCAUAAUAAAUAUUACAAGCAACACCAAUCCAUUCUUAUAACCAUAAGUUAUUGUUCAACAGCAAUCAGUUAUUGUGUGUGGUCUCUGGACUAUAACACUGUCAUCUACCUCACACCAAAUUGGACAGGGAGGGAGGCUACUUGGAAUAAAAGACAACCACACUCGUGAAAGCAAAGUUGCAACAAUUUAUUCAUAUACAGUAUUAUUCUUUUGAAUUCAGUAACAAUUCUAUAGACUACUUCAAUUUAUUCAAUGAUGUACUAUGGAAAGUGGCAAAAUAUGAAUAGGAUUUCUUAUAUAUGGGAAUCUAUAUAUAUAUCGUAAUACUAAUGUACACUACUCUUAAGUGGAUGAAAUGUAUACAUGAAGCAUAUAAAAAAAGAGGGGUUUUCUUUUACAUUUGUCUUCCAAAUCAUAUAUUCCACCACGCCAUUCUACUUACUUUUUUCAGGCUUUCUGUUGGUGUUUUUUGUACAUUAAGUGAUGUUGUCUUUAUUAUUUAUUUUUUUGUGAAAUGGUUUUAUGAGUUGCUUACAACUGAUGUCUUGCAUUAUUAAAAAGAAAUAAAAUGUACAACAUUAAAAGGCUUAGAAAAGUUUCAGACUUUGAGUCUGAUAUUCUUAUUUUGCCUUAAGUAGGUGUCCUAGUUAGCAUCGCUGUCGUGUGGCACUGUGGCCUUGGGCUUGAUGGCAAAUCUGGUUAGCAUUAAAAAGAUUAAAUAUUCACAGAGAACAGGGCUGGCUCCAGGCACGUUCCAAUAGAAUGGCCGAACAGGGCGCCACAAUUAAUAGGCACCGCUAUUCUCGCCGCCAUAUCAGAGCAUGGAGCCAGCAGCAGCGUCCAUCCUGCAGUCCUCUAGCAGUGGCUGUGAUGAUGAGGGGAAGGAUGGGCCAAAGCUAAACUGCGCACAGUGCAGUGCCGGCAUCUGAUGUCGGGUGCUCCGAUCCUCCGGUGAGACUCGCGGCCGCACCACUUCUGGUGGGACCCUGGCUCUCCCGGUGCAACUUCUGGUCACACAGCCAUCUCUAUCUUUCUUUCAGGUGAGCGGUCCUCCAUCCAGCAGUGCUUGUCCCCUUUCCAGGCUGUCAGCUUUCAGCGCUGCUCUCUCUCUUUUAAGUGUCCCCAUUUUUCUUAUAUGGUGUAUCUGGCACUGUCGGGCAUGUAAUGUGUGUCUGGAACUGUGGGCAUAUCAUGUAUCUGACACUGUUGGGGCAUAUCAUGUGUAUCUGGCGCUGUGGAGCAUAUCAUGUGUAUCUGGCACCAUGGGGGCAUAUCAUGUGUAUCUGGCACUGUUGGGGGGCAUAUCAUGUGUAUCUGACACUGCUGGGGGGCAUAUCAUGUGUAUCUGUCACUGCUGGGGGGCAUAUCAUGUGUAUAUGGCACUGCUGGGGGGGAUAUCAUGUGUAUCUGGCACUGCUGGGGGGCAAAUCAUGUGUAUCUGGCACUGCUAGGGGGCAUAUCAUGUGUAUCUGUUACUGCAAGGGGGCAUAUCAUGCGUAUCUGGCACAGCUGGGGGGCAUAUCAUGUGUAUCUGGCACUGCAGGGGGCAUAUCAUGUGUAUCUGGCACUGCUCUACUGGGGUCAUUAUGUGUAUCUGGCACUAUACUGGAGACAUUGGGCCUAAUUCAGAGUUGAUCGCAGCAGCAAAUUUGUUAGCAGUUGGGCAAAUCCUUGCGCACUGCAGGGGGGGCAGAUAUAACAUGUGCAGAGAGAGUGGGUGGGGUGUGUUCAAACUGAAAUCGAAAUUGCAGUGUAAAAAGAAAGCAGCCAGUAUUUACCCUGCACAGAAACAAAAUAACCCACCCAAAUCUAACUCUCUCUGCAAAUGUUAUGUCUGCCCCCCUGCAGUGCAUAUGGUUUUGUCCAACUGCUAACAAAUUUGCUGCUGCGAUCAACUCUGAAUUACCCCCAUUAUGUGUAAAGAACACUGCUGUGGCUGUUAUGUGUAAGGCUUCUAAUUGUGUGUGUAGAGGGGGUGUGAAAAUAUAUUUAUUUAUAGUUUGUAAAGGUGCACGCAUGGGGAGGGGGGGGCGCUUCGAAAUUUUCUCGCUCAGGGUGCUAGUAGGCCUGGAGCUGACCCUGACAGAGGACAACACUAAACCUAGGACAGACAAAAUGGUUCUCUGUAAAAACCAUAAUAAUGAUAGUGAAAAAGCAUUUCUAGUCCAAAACAUUGCUAGUAUCUCUUUAUUAUUCCCAAAAAAUUCAAUAAGGGUCAGUUUAGGAAUCAUAACCGCAACAGCAGUCAUAGAGUAACUUGUAUCAAUGUAUCCCUUUACUUUUUUACACCUGGAAAAAUAUCCUAAAUCAGUCAUUUUCGGAAGCAUUUAUUGCACUAAUUUACACCAUGCUCCAUAAUUUUGACUGCAUAAAUUGAUUGUUGACACAGUCCAAUAUUACAAAACAAAAAACAAAGUAGUAAGAUAUUGAACACAGAAUAGUGCAUCCCAAUAUUAUACAGGUUAUAUUGUUCUUCUUUCUUUUUUUAUUACAUCUAGAGCAACCAUUCAGCCUCACAAGUGUCUAAUUUAUGCUUUGAUAGAAUAUAAAUAAUACUAUUUGCUGUCAUUACAUCAUACUACUGUAAGAAAAUAUUAUGGGUGUAAACUAAUUUUUCUUGGCUCACAUGUCAUUUGCCCAAUCAUCAUGCAACUUCAGAAAACUGAUUUUUCAACCUAUAAUUAUGUAAUGCUUAAUGAGUUUUGUAUGAAUUUAAUGUAUGUUACAAAAAUGUUUAUCUAACCUAAUGACCCAAAAGAUAUGUGCAUAGUAGAACAUUGAUUAUAAAUUGAUGUACAUUCUAGUUAAUUACUGUAUAUUGGCUUAUGAACUGAAAAUAAAAAUUACAAAUCACUUCAAUAUAUUGAGAGUUAAGUGUAGAAAAACUGAAACAUGUUCAGCUUUACCAGACAUCUAGGCACAUUGUAAUACUUCUGAAACAAAGACAGCAUGAAGGAGCAGUGCGUUCUAAGAUACCAAAAAAACAAAUGGAACUUUCCAAAGGGUUCAGAUAUUUAAGGCAUCAAGGUGCUGAAAAAUAGUAAAAGGCUUUUUUUAUGAAGGUUAACUUUUGCUUGAAGAUCUGUCUGUGGAAAUCAUUGUAUCAAAUAAAGACAGAGUCUUUUGUACAAGUCAUUGUUCUGAUAUUUGUUAAUACAUGUAUUAAUAUGUCCCACCUAAAAUAUUUUUAUUUAUUCUGUGACUGGCAGAAAGCUUGAAAUGAUCCGUGAUGUAUUUACUAAAUGAUGAUAACACUUAAAGUCAAUUAUCAUAUAUACAUAGGGAAAAUGUACUAAUUUUUAUAUGUAAAUCUACAA